AUGAACUUUCUCACGCAGUUUCGUAGCUGCAGCGGUCUCGGCCUAGGCCGGCAGGAGGAGAUAGACUGGCGUGACGUCAUCACUGAGGCGGAGCAGAUCGUCGGCUACCCGACCUCGUUCCUCAACCUCCGUUGGCUGUUCAAUGACGAGAUCGCUAGUACGGCCAUACAUUUACGCAAACUGGUCGGUAGCAACCAUCCAGUUCUAAAAUCAGCGAAGAACCUGCUCGUAGGAUCGAAGAGCAACCUUCAGUCAGUCGGUCUGAUCAUCCUACUGGUAUCCAAAGCCGCUGGUUUCGACACUAAGAACUUCACAAGAGAUCUGUAUGACUCCGGAGUGCUGCACUCUCAGAGGGCUUUGGCGGAGAUAGUAGAGAUGAAAAGGACAGGUCAUAUGAUACACAAGGCUAUGGUUAACCUUCAGAAGAAGGGGGACCAAGGAGACAAGUACAAGGACCUGCUGUAUGGGAACAAGAUCGUGCUGUUGACAGGGGACUUCCUCCUGGCGACGUGCUUGCAGCAUUUGGGUGGUCUCCGGAACAACGAGGUGACGGAGCUCAUCUCCACUGGCCUUCGCGACCUGGUGGAAGGCGACGCGUUUGGAAACCAUGAUAAUGACGGCAACCCCAUACCUACGCUGCCAAAAGCUGAAGAUGAAGAAGCUCACUACGACUGGGAAAAUGAGGACAACCUACAGCCAUUAGGUUCAAACGACUUCCUCGGCCGUGGUAUAGCCGAGUGGAAGCUACGGACCAUGCUCAUGUCAGGCAGUAUCCUCGCCAAGGGAUGCCAAGGCGCCAUGAAACUCGCUAACCGAGGCCCUGAGGUGGAGAAGAACGCCUACAUACUUGGAGGGCAUCUGGCAUUGCUAUGGCAACUGUAUUUAGACGUGAAAGACUUCUUCACGCAUCCAUAUUCCUACUCCCUGGUUGGGGCACCGACCACAAUCGCCCUAUGGGAGUACCCUACAAUUUACGGCCAUAUUUUUGAAUCGAAGGUAGAGAAAACUCCCGUUGAAUUCAAACAGCUACACUAUUCUGUUAGGACUACAAGGUCCAUGGAAUAUUUGAUGAAGCUCCUGGAUAAUGAGUUCGAGUCUGUGCUGAAGUACGCGAAGAUGUUCCCCGGCGAAGACGCGAGCGCUGCUUUACAGAAGAUGGCCAUCACGAUACAUGGGGAGACGCUACAAUAUAUCGAGUGAUAAAUAAAAGGUAUUUAUUACAUGUUGUUGCCUUGUAUUUUUAUUUUACCGGUUAUUAA